AUGUCUUUAGAUGAAAAAGGGUACGAAAAUGAAGCCUUUGUAACAAUGCUAGAAGAUUACAAAAUAAUUCUGGAUAAAAGAAUGACACCUGCCAUCAAGUCUGCAAAAGACAAAGCCCUUAAAGAAUUAGCGGAAAUUUAUAACAACAAUGCAAAACCAAACUUAGAUAUUAAACAAGGAAGUCACUGCACCAGUAGAGAUGAUGCAGAUCGAUUUAAUGAUGAAAAGGAUGUAACACCUUCUGGUGAUGACAACGAAUCAAUAAAAAAAUUGCAAAAAACAUUACUUCCUAAACAAAUAAAUACUGCUUUAGCUCAAGGAAAGGCCGCUAAAGUAACAACAUUCAAGCAUUUAAUAUACCUCAAAAAUAAAAACUUAAGUACAGGGUGA